AUGCUCCUGGCUGCUCUGUGCUGCCUGCUGUGGAGUUUCCGGACCUCCGCUGGCCAUUUCCCUCGAGCCUGUGCCUCCUCCAAGAGCCUGAUGGAGAAGGAAUGCUGUCCAGCGUGGACGGGUGACAGCAGUCCCUGCGGCCAGCUCUCAGGCAGGGGUGCCUGUCAGGACAUCACGCUGUCCAAAGCUCCACUCGGGCCUCAAUACCCCUUCACGGGGAUGGAUGACCGGGAGGCCUGGCCCUCCGUCUUUUAUAAUCGGACCUGCCAGUGCUUUGGCAACUUCAUGGGAUUCAACUGUGGAAAUUGCAAGUUUGGCUUUUGGGGACCAAACUGCACAGAGAAGCGACUUUUGGUGAGAAGAAACAUCUUUGAUUUGAGCGUCCCAGAGAAGAACAAAUUUCUUGCCUACCUCACUUUAGCGAAGCAUACUACCAGCCCAGACUAUGUCAUCCCCAUAGGCACCUAUGGCCAAAUGAAUAAUGGAUCCACACCCAUGUUUAAUGACAUCAAUGUUUAUGACCUCUUCGUCUGGAUGCAUUACUAUGUGUCAAGGGACACACUGCUUGGAGGGUCUGAAAUCUGGAAAGACAUUGAUUUUGCUCAUGAAGCCCCAGGUUUCCUGCCUUGGCACAGACUCUUCUUGUUGCUGUGGGAACAAGAAAUCCAGAAGCUGACUGGGGAUGAGAACUUCACUAUUCCAUAUUGGGAUUGGCGAGAUGCUAAAAGCUGUGACAUUUGCACAGAUGAGUACAUGGGAGGGCGCAACCCAGCAAACCCGAACUUACUCAGCCCAGCAUCCUUCUUCUCCUCUUGGCAGAUCAUCUGUACCCGAUUGGAGGAGUACAAUAGCCAUCAGGCUUUAUGUGAUGGAACUCCAGAGGGACCAUUACUGCGCAAUCCUGGAAACCACGAUAAAGCCAGGACCCCGAGGCUCCCCUCCUCUGCUGAUGUGGAAUUUUGCCUAAGUCUGACACAAUACGAAUCGGAUUCCAUGGAUAAAGCUGCCAAUUUCAGCUUUAGGAAUACACUGGAAGGCAGAUUUCCUAGCAGUGAGAAAGCAUGGAACUUUGUCACUAAGGAACAUGUGCUGGUCCCAGAAAUAAGAAUUAUAAAUAUUUCUCUUAUAAACAUGUUUCUGAGUCUGAAUAAUCCUUUCCUCUACAGUAUUUUUGAACAAUGGCUCCGAAGGCACCAUCCCCUUCAAGAAGUUUAUCCAGAAGCCAAUGCACCCAUUGGACACAACCGGGAGUCCUACAUGGUUCCUUUUAUACCUCUAUACAGAAAUGGUGAUUUCUUUGUUUCAUCCAGAGAUCUGGGCUAUGACUAUAGCAACCUACAAGAUUCAGAACGGGACAUUUUUCAAGAUUACAUUAAGCCCUUCUUGGAACAAGCAAGUCGGAUCUGGCCAUGGCUCAUUGGGGCUGCUGUGGUAGGCUCUGUCCUCACGGCUGUGCUGGGAAGGCUCACUAGUCUAUUGUGUCAUCGUCGCAAAAGAAAGCAGCUCCGUGAAGAAAGACAGCCCCUCCUCAUGGAAAAGGAGGAUUACCACAGUUUGUUGUAUCAGACUCAUGUAUAAAAAGCUUAGGCAAUAGAGUAGGGCCAACAAGGCUGACCUCACUUUAACUCAAAUGAUGUUCAAGUCCCCAGGGGAUGUUCCAAGAGCAGUCCCCGGUAUUGGUUUGUGAAGACUUACCAGAAUUGCCAUCUAAUACAAAAGGUACCCCUCCUCCAAUUCAGGGAGAAUACACCUGUGCUUGCCUCACUGCCUUUUGAUCAUCCCUUUGACAGUUUUCCUCAAACCCAUAUUUCUAACAAAAGGAUGCCAUUUGGUAAUGAGUAACUGCUACUUGUAUCUGAAUGA